AUGGUUGUCGAGCUCGACACUACUCUCGCGGAAUUAUAUACCAAGCAUGACCUUCCAUGGCCAAUUGUCGUGGACCUCUAUCGAACUUACACCCAUAUCGAUCUUCAUGACAACUUCCCACGGGAAAGAGUGUUUGUCGAGGAUGAGGAUCCCUCUAUAUACUGUUCUGAAGAAGAGAAUCUUCCCCGUUUCAAACAAUGGGCCCUGAAUUCCAGAACAAUCCGGCACUUGCCCAUGGUGGGGCCCGCGGAUGUGAUUCUCUAUCUUCCUUACAAUUCCCGGGACAAUAUCAAACGAGCAUUGGACCAAUUUCCAAAGCACCAGCAUCCAAAGGUCCAGUAUGUUGAUUUGGAUAGUCCAUAUAUGGCAAAGGACCGGAAGAUGGUGAUAAAGGAUAAAAAGUUGAUUUAUUGGCGACCUAAAUCUUGGAUGGUGGGCGAGGACUGCUCAGUACCACCCGAGCUCUCAUACACGUUGAACGAUAAGCGGUUUCUCACCCACCCAGAGAUCCCCACACCGCUCUUAGAGAUGGUUUCAUUGCUGCACCAGGAUCGGCGAAACACCCUUGUCGGCCGCCGACUGCCUUUUGUGGUUAAAUUCUGCCGGUGCAGCUCUGGGCAAGGCACAUAUAUUGUGACUACUGAGGAAGAAAGGCGGCAAAUGCUGGAUGCCGUCAGCCGAUACCGUGAGAGGGGAGGGGAAGAUAUCCAGAUAUCUGAGUUCGUUCGUUCUAGAAAACCACACUACGGGGUGAACUUCUUCGUUGGUCGCUAUGAGAGUUCGCAGCCCCGUUUCCUGGGUGCCACAGAGCAGGUCGUCACCAAGAAUGGCAUCUGGAUGGGUGGGAUAAUCGAUUAUCAGGCGCAAGAGGACCUCGAGAGACGUCUACGAGACACGAUCGCUGCUGUGGCACGCACAUUGCAACAGUCCUCAUACGUGGGCUGGGUUGGCAUCGAUGUUAUCUUUGACAGUAAUGACCGGCCUCUGGUGGUGGAUCUUAAUGCUCGUAUAGCUGCAGGAAUUGGCGUCGUCCUUUUUUCGAAGCACUUUAUGUCCAUGGGCCUUCCGUUUGCUCGGAUGGAAACUGUAUCAUUUCCCGGGCCAGCUUCAGGUAUCUACGCUGCACUAUCUACGAGGAUUGAGUCCGGACAGGUGAUUAUCACUCUCUCAGCGGAGGUCACAGAGUCCGAGUCUGUUGCCUCCGUAGUCUUUGGCGGUCGCAAUCGAGAAGAUUUAAAUGCAGUGGCAGACUGGAUUCGGGACGUGCUGCGAACUUGCCUUAACUAA